AUGUCGUCAAUUAGUUUACGAAUCUUCAACUUCCCACCAAUGUUCGCUAGCGUUGAUAUACGAGAGUUUUUACAUCUGUUUGGUUUGGAUACGCUGGGAUUCAUCAGGAGGAGAAAUACUACCGGUGCGAUAGUGACCGUAAAUAGUGAAUCCGAAGCGCGUUUAGUAAUCGCUCGGUUGCAUCAGUUGCUCAUAAAAACUCACAGACUAAAGGUAGAAUAUUCAGAUAAAAAAGAUACUAACGAGGAUAUUAAAUCCUACGAGUCUAGUGAGAACGCGGAAACAACCAAGAGAAAAGCCUUGGAUGCCAUUGAGGACAGACUCUUUCCGUUGGAAUACGAAGGCUUUCCGCCAGCACAUUUAUCGUAUCGGUAUCCAAAGUCAUCGCCGGAAAUAUUACAAAACAUAUCACGAGAGCUUGCAUCCAAUCAUGUGUUCUACUAUCAAACGUUACAUUUAAUGAACAAAAUGAAUCUCAAACCCCCAUUCGAAUGUCGAACGGAAACUAGCGCUGUUUUAGAUUCCGCCAGCUGUCAGGAUACGGUGCCAUCCUAUGCCAGUGUCUCGGAAGAAGAAUCAGAACUUGAGUCGGAUACGGAACAAGCGGAAAAGAAAAAACUUAAAACCCAAUACCACCGGCCAGCUCCAACUAUGAAGGUGUUAAAUUACAACCCAGAAACGUUAGAGCCCCAAUCAGCUACAAAGUUGCUGAAAAAAACCAAACUAGAGAUACAACUCUCAGGGGAGUUCCUAAAAGCACCCCAUCCACCCAUCACAGAAGACGAUGCUGUCGUUUCCGUUACACCAAUAGCUGCAGAAUCAAGUGAAAAUGUUUCGCUAACUGUAGACGACAUUUUGAGAAACCGAAUUCCCGAUGAACAGCGUAGCACAUUGAGCGUUUUUCAAAACUACAACACCGGAGAUCCAACGAGCAAAUUGUACAUUAAAAACCUCGCCAAACAAGUCACGGAACAGGAUCUGGUGGAGAUAUUUAGCAUAUUCUUCGCGAAAACAUUACUCAAGGAGAUCGACGUGAGGCUGAUGAAAACGGGCCGAAUGAAAGGGCAGGCAUUCGUUACGUUUCAAGCAGCAGAUGAUGAAAACCCGUCUAUGAACAACAAGCUAAAAUCGUGUAUUGCACGUGCGUUGUCUGUUACGAAUGGGUACAUUUUAAAAGACAAACCUAUGGUAGUAUCCUAUGCAAAGGGUAUUUAA